UUUCGGUUUGUGUAUAACGAUUUCUAUUCAGAAAUUUAAGUAUAAUAAUCUACUAUGAAAGGAUUGGUCCUUUACUGUACUGUGGCAGUAUUACUCUCUACUGCAUUUGUUAGUGCAAGUUGCAAGAAAUGGGUUCCAGCAAAAUCACGGGGUCGCCGCAAUGUUGAAGCUGAGCCUCCAAUGCCAGGACCACCAAAACCACGCAAUGGACAAAUUGAAGACAUCCGCGUACGCAGAAAUGUUGAGGCAGAGCCACCACAGCCAGGUCCACCAAAACCACGAAAUGGACAAAUAGAAGAUAUAAGAGUACGCAGAAAUGUUGAGGCAGAACCACCACAGCCAGGUCCACCAAAACCAAGAAAUGGACAAAUUGAAGAUAUGAGAGUUCGUCGAGAUGUUGGAGCAGAACCUCCAAAGCCAGGUCCACCAAAACCACGAAAUGGACAAAUAGAAGAUAUAAGAGUUCGCCGAGAUGUUGGAGCAGAACCUCCAAAGCCAGGUCCACCAAAAUCAAGAAAUGGACAAAUUGAAGAUAUGAGAGUUCGCCGAGAUGUUGGAGCAGAACCUCCAAAGCCAGGUCCACCAAACCCAAGAAAUGGACAGAUUGAGCAGAUCAGAGUACGCCGAGAUGUUGAAGCAGAGUCACCGAUGCCACGACCACCAAAGCCCAUUAAUGAGCAACAUAUAGACUCAAGAGUACGCCGUCAAGUUCCUCCAGAACUUCCUAUCCCCGCUCCACCAGGGAUGCCAGGAGGCAAAUGAAUAGAAAUCAAGAAGUUCGAAGACAUUAAUUUAAUAUCUUAAAUCAAACCGAGAAGAAUUUAGUAUGUCUUAUAGAAAAUAUGUAUAUAAAUUAAUGCAUUGAAAAACGUAUGAAUAAAAUGAAAAAAAAAAAA